AUGAAAUCAACCGAGUUUCUGUAUGGGGUGGCCACCCUCAAGCACGAACUCACUCAUGUAUUCGUGUUCUCCAAGAGUCUCUUUGAAUACUUUCCCGGGGCUGGAGAGCUUCACCGGGAUGGAGAACUGUACCUUAUUCCUAACGUUGCGGAACGAUUCACCCGUGUCGACUGGGAAACUUCAAAAGGACUGAUGAAACAUGAUGUUUACAUGAUAACCACACCAAAGGUGCGAGAAGAAGCUCGACGGCACUUCAAUUGUUCGACAUUGGAGGGAGCCGAAGUUGAAAGUCAGGGUCUUCCUGGAACGAUUUUCUCACACUGGGAAAAACGUGUCUUUGAGGAUGAGAUGAUGUCUGGUACUUACACGCAAGUGACUGCCAUGUCUCGUGUGACAUUGGCAUUAUUCGAAGACUCUGGUUGGUACAAAGUGGACUACGAUAAAGCCGAAGAUAUCAUGUGGGGACGGAAUCUUGGUUGCACCUUUGCUACAAAGAGUUGCUUGACGUGGAUGAAGUCGAACCCAACGGAUCCGUAUCCGUUUUGUAGGAUUUAUGGUGAUUCAAGAGCAUAUGCAAAAACAAUCUACUCAUGAUUAAAACACAAAAUUCAAAGUUCUAUCCGUGCUAUCAUGAAGGGCAAUUAAUCCACGUCGAAAAGCGAUUGCAUAACGUUGGUACAGUCCGACUUCAAAUUGUCUGCCCCUCCUGCUCAGAGCUCUGCGGCUCCCAAUUCUGUGCGCCAGAAAAAUCUACGGAGAAGCGGAUUGGUGAUCCGACUAGAACUGUCAUCAAGCCUCGCGUGCAGCUCAUUUCAGUAG